GUAAAUGUGUCGUUUUAUCUUUGUUUCUCGUCGUUUUACUGAACGUCGCCUUACUUGGUUUUGUUUUGCAGUUGUCAAGGCGUCGUCGUUGACUGAGUUGAACGCUGAUUCUGAGGAUAAGUAUCGGAGGUUCUUGGGUUGUUCUGUCGAGGAUAGGUCUUUCAGUCGCGACGGAGAGUUUUUAGACGAGCAGGAGGUGGGCCGGUCAGGCGACGUUGCCGAGGAGGAGGAGGUAGACGAGGAAUCAGGUCAACUGACUCGUCGUCGGAAAAGGUUGGAUUUGCUUGAGGAGGUAGUGGCAAACUCAUCGUCCGCCGAAGGUGAAGUAGGUGAUAUGGCUGACAACUCAGAGCAUACUCUUUCGUCUCGUCCUGUGUCGAGGAUGUCUCAGAGCGAGAUUCAGGAGCGUGCAAGGAAGCGACUGAGGUCGUCCUCGACUUCUGGUGGACGAGGUAUGACGGUCGUACCUCGGUUUUCUGCGAUAGGUUCGUCGGCCGAGACGCCUGUCGUCAUAGGAGCCGAAGGCUUUCAUCCGAUUGCUUCGUCGUCGCCUCCACAGCCGUUCAAGGCGUCGUCUGCUGCUGUCGACGUUAGUAAAGUGUCUACUUCGUCGGCCAAGAAGCGACCUGUCGAGACGGAUCCUGUCGAGGAGACGGUUAUCACUUUGCCCCCAAGCUUCUUGGGUGAUGAAGAGGCGUCGGUUAUAUGGCCUUUCGCUGAUCGCUUGAUCUUGCCUACGACGUAUCGACGAUACCACGAGGUGGAUCCUCUUCCUGUCGCGUCGGACGCCGCUGAGCUUAGUCUGCGGGCGUCGCAGGCUGCCUUGGCUGUACGCAGGCAGUGUUCGUUGCUGUGCGAUGAGGUGACGAAUGCAAGGCAGCUGACAGCGACGGCGAAGAAGGCGGCCGCGUCGUGGGAAGCGAAGUGGAAAGCUGCUGAGAAGAAGGUCGUGGAUCUUGCUGCGGUGGUUAAGGCCAAGGGUGAUCAAUUGAAAGGUAAGGAUAAGCAGUUAGCCGACGUGGCCAAAGAUCUGGAGAAAGUGAAGGAGGAGUUGACCUCGACGACGGAGGAGUUGGAUGGAUUGAGGAGCUUGUACGACGCCCUGCAGGAGGAGGCGAAGGACGUCGAGGCUCUUGCUAUAUGGAGGACGCGGGCGCAGAUGAUGUAUUCCUGCCUGAUUGGGGAGACUAGCCUUUGGCCGUGUCAAAAGGAGGUGGAUGACUAUCUGGCUAAUGGCGACACUAUGGCUGACCUGUCGGUGCCUGUGGUGGAUUCGGAGGAGUUGGCGAAGACGGCUGAUACUGCUAGUACUGAGGCGACGGAGGUGGAUGCGGCUUUGUUGGUGGUGAGUGCGCCUGUUCCGGACCAAGAGGGGGAGGUUUUAGCUGUUGGGUGCGAAGAGGAGGCCCUCGUCGUCGUUUCUCAAGACGAGACGUUGGACGUGGCGUCGGUGGAGGCGCCAGUCGUGCCCCCAGAGCAAGAGUCGGAGCAGGAAGCCGCGGUCUCUACUCAGGAAGAAGGGAUGUAAUAGUUUGUAGUUUUCGAAUUUUUGUUGG